AGGUCGGAUUCUGCUGGCUACAGUCUGCUUACUUUUCUGGGAGCUUGCUGCCCGGUAAACUAAACUGUGGACGGGUGAAGAGGGACUCGAGUGGUGGUGGACAUCUUUCAGUGCUGCUCUACCUCUCCGUAGACGCCGACACAGUCCGUCGCCCUGACGGCAAACGCCCGCGGACGGUGCCCAGCCCUCGAAGCGGGAGCCAUGCCUGUCCCCGCUGGAUACCUCAGCGACUCCCCCGCCGCGGCCUUCUCAUCCUCGGCCUCGCUUGUCCCGCCGCCCCCGAUAAACACCCGGCAGCCGGGAGUUGUUACUUCGCUGCUGUACAGCGGCUCCAAGUUCAGGGGCCACCAGAAGAGCAAAGGGAACUCGUACGACGUGGAGGUUGUUUUGCAGCAUGUCACAAUGGAAGACUCUUACCUGUGUGGCUACCUAAAGAUAAAGGGACUGACUGAGGAAUACCCAACGCUGACAACGUUCUUUGCCGGAGAGAUCAUCAGCAGGAAGAGGCCAUUUCUCACCCGGAAAUGGGAUGCAGAUGAGGAUGUGGAUCGUAAACACUGGGGUAAGUUCCAAGCCUUCUACCAGUAUGCCAAGUCAUUCAACUCAGAUGAUUUUGACUACGAGGAUCUGAAGAACUCUGACUAUAUAUUCAUGAGAUGGAAGGAGCAGUUUUUGGUCCCAGACCACACAAUUAAAGACAUCAGCGGAGCCUCCUUCGCUGGAUUCUACUACAUCUGCUUCCAGAAAUCGACAGCAACGAUUGAGGGCUAUUACUACCACAGGAGCUCUGAAUGGUACCAGUCUCUAAACCUCACCCACGUCCCCGAGCACAGUGCAGCCAUCUAUGAGUUCCGGUGACAUCGGCCAGCAUCCUGGAUCUUAUUGUUUUGUGAUGGACAGAGACUUUAAGUGAAGCGGAGGUCUGCGGAUGCUACUGAGUAGGUUAAACGAGGACAACUAGGGAAGAGAAUUUUCCCCCUUUUGGAGAAGUGCAAACUCUUACAUGUUCCCAAUAAGUGAACAAACAGCUUAUUGACCUGGGGACGGGAUACAGGACUCAUGAAUGUAUGUAAGGACGAGACAAGAAGACGGAAGGAAAGGAAGCGCAACUCCUGAUUGGCGGCUGCAGCUUGUAAAGUUAGAACCAGCAGCAGCAGAGACUGGGCGUGGCUCUCACAGUGUUCCCAAUUUCUUCUUUUUGUUUCAACGUCUGGUUUUUAAGAGACAAUGCUUGAAGCGCAGCAUCUGAGAAACUUUUAAUUUUCCAGUUUUCAUCCAGCUGAUGUGGAGUGAGCUACAUAAACACUUAAGACUGCUGUUUGACAAAGAUUCCUGUGAGGAGUCUGCUCUUAUGAAUACUAAAGAAGUCGUCUGCGUGGAUUUAAAGCAAGAGAAAAGUUAGAUUGAAUGGAGCUCUAAUCAGCCCAUAAGCUAGAGUGACAGUAUUUUUUUAAAGCUAAGCUGGUUCUGUGUCUGCCUGCCAUGAGGCGUCAUCUAAAUGACUGAAGCUAAGUGACUGUUUGAAAAGCUGCAGUGUGAGAAACACACACAAAACAAGCUUUCCCUUGUGUUCAUUAACCUGCUUGGGAGAUUAUUAUCACCUGUGAUUGCUGUGGAUCUUGUUCUAUUGAGUUACAUUUGCACAAAGACGGACUAUAUGUUACUAAUGCUAGUACACAAGCGUCAAGGUGGCAGAUCAAGCUAGGUUUUUAAAGGUUGAACUUUAAGUGAAAGAGAGUUGAGAGCCAAAACAAUCACACAUCAAGAGUAUUUUUACCCUGCACUCUGUGUUACACAAAAAGCUUUCUACUCCCUCAUGUGUCGUUUUAAACUAAGACCCCCACCACUCUAAGUUUAUGUCUCCUCGACUAUGCAACACUUUCAACAUAGCACUCUCCAAACCUUCAGUUUUCAGAGACAAAAUUUUAUUCUAUCCUUAUAGUAUAUGAUUAAAAAAAAAUUAUAUCUUAAUUAAAGGAAAUAUUUUUGUUAAAUUGCCUAUUAACACGCUCCCUGAUCAUGUUCCCUUCCCAUGUGAUGGUGCCAUCUUUCUAAGACCUGUCAGAGUUGUAUUAUAACAGGACAGAGGUAUGUUUGUUUGAGAUUAAGCCUGAAUUUGUUUGAUGGUGUGACUGUAAAGAAUGACAAGUGGAUUUUAAAGAAUCAUAUCAAAACACCAAA